AUGUCUCUACCAAUUUUCCAUUAUUUUGAUGCCAGAGGUCGUGGUGAAGAAAUUAGAAUCUUAUUAAAUUAUGCCGGUGUAAAAUACACUGAAGACAGAAUCCACCCAUUGACCGAUGAGAUUCGUGCCAAGUUGACAUUCGGACAACUACCAUGGUACCAAGAGGGAUCUCUCAGUAUCACUCAAUCGAUGGCUAUUGAGAGUUACAUUGCCAGAAAGCACUCAUUGCUCGGUGCCAACGAAGAAGAGAAUGCUGAGAUCUUCAGUUAUGUGCUGUCGGUUGCCGAUAUGUUGGAUUCGUUCAUCAAGGCAUUCAUGGGUGGUCCCGAGCAAAAGAAGAACUUUGAGGAAGUCGUUGCACCAAGAAUCAUCAAAGCCUGGGAAUCAAAGAUCAACAGCAACGGUCAUCUCUUUGGAGCCAAAACAACCUGGGCCGAUCUCGCUGUUUUCAACAGUGUUGAUUAUUUACUCUGGGCCAAGAACGAUAAACUCUUUGCACAUGCACCAAAGUGUCUUGAACUUCACAAGAAAUUGGCUGAAUCCCCACAAUUGAAGCCAUACUUGGAAUCAAGACCAAAAGAUAUUAAAUUCUAA